AUGGCUGCUCGCUUCGUGCUUCUGGCCACGUGCCUUUUCUGCCUGUUUUGCGCCGGGGGGGUCCGGGGGCAGGGGAACACCAACCUGAGCAUAUCCGGGGUGGACUCGACGGUCGCGCCGCGCUUCUCCGGCGGACCCACCGGGUUCUCGCUCAAUUUUAACCCCCCCCAAACGGAAACUACAGGCGUGAUACAGCUCAACAUCAUCGCGUGCGGGUCAGCGGCGCUGCCCUUGAACGUGUCUGUAGUGGGCACCAACAUCACGUCCUCGCCUCCGGUCUUCACCGUCUCCGCCAACACCACCCGGGGAUUCGCGGGGACCGUGACCGUCGCAAAUGUCUCGCUGAACGUUUCGACCCCGCCGUUUCCGGUCAACCAGUCCGAUGGCAGCUACUCCAUAGAGUUCACGGGCGGAACGAUCUAUAUCGGUCGGGUGAACGGAACGCUGACGGGGCAGGACAUCGACGUCCGCGAUAGGGACCUCCUUUUCAAUAACACGCCUCGGCUCAACGUGACUGGGACAUUCAAAGCUCAGCCAGGGGGAUCCCUGCAAAUGUCUGCAUCUCUCAACGCCCAAGUGCUCGUCAGUCGCGGCCGGCUACGCGAGCAGCAAGUCGCCAACUCUUCUGACGUCACAAUGUCGGUGUCUGACGCCUUCGUGUUUCCUCCUGUGUGCGCGCGCAGUCAGGUCGUCGCCGCGACCGGCUUCGCGAGCAGCAACCUGACGGCGGCCGACACUCAGGGCGGCGCGCUCCGCCUCAGCGCCAGCCUCCUAGCGAACGGCCCCGACCCUUGCAGAUAG